AUGUCCUUGCCCACCACCACCGAUGUCGUGCUCGUUGACACCAUCCAGCUCACGGCAAACAUUGGCGAAGAUUGCUGGGGACGCCUGCGCGAACAGCCCGUUUUCAUCACCGUCCACCUCCAUCUCAAACCCUCUUUCCUUCAGAUCUCCGGCCAAUCCGACAAUGUCAUAGACUCCAUCCACUAUGGCCAUCUCACCAAAGCCGUCUCAUCGCUCUCGGAAUCUUAUACCGAUGUUCGUGCACUCGUGCAUGAGGUUACUCAGAAAGCAUUUGCUCUGGCUGAAGAGAAUGUGGAUGCCGUGCGCGUCGUCAUCGGCCUACCGAAACAGAUUUUACUUGCGAACGACUUUGAGAUCGAGGUGAUUACACCGAGAGGCCAAGACAGCUCGCAGCAGACUGCAAAGGUGUCUGUCAAAGACCUUGUCAUGCCCGUGCUGAUUGGCGUUAAUCCCCCUGAACGCCUCGCAAAGCAGAGAGUGAUUACGAACAUUACAUUCUACGAGAGAUCUGGUGUGCACGAAGAAAUUGAAAAUACUGCAUAUCUCACGCUCGAGAAAUUCGUCCUGCAUAUCGUCCGCAGCUCAUGCCUCGCAUCCGAUGCGAUCGAAGCUGUGACAACACGAUCACAAAAGCCCAGCGCACUGUCUUUCGCUCACUCUUCUGGUGUCGAGAUGACUCGGUACCGCGAUGCGUUCAAAGCAUUGUAG